UUUCUUUAAAACUAUCCAGACUGACUUUCAAAAAUGCCAAGUAGGAAAUUUGCCGACGGCGAGGUGGUCAGAGGUCGAUGGCCUGGGAGCUCGCUUUACUAUGAAGUGGAAAUUCUGAGCCACGACAGCAGCUCCCAGCUUUACACUGUGAAAUACAAAGAUGGAACCGAGCUCGAACUGAGAGAGAAUGACAUCAAGCCUUUAACUUCCUUUAGGCAAAGGAAAAGUGGCUCAACUUCCAGUUCUCCCUCCCGCCGCCGAGGGAGCAGGUCAAGGUCACGCUCCCGCUCCCCUGGCCGACCACCUAAAAGUUCCCGCCGCUCUGCCUCUGCUUCGCAGCAGGCCGACAUUAAGGAAAUGAGGAAGGAAGUGUUGGAAGUGAAAUUGACUCCACUGGUGUUGCAGCCAUUUGGGAAUAGUGUCAACAGGUACAAUGGGGAGCCUGAGCACAGGGAGAGGAAUGACUUACCACGCAAAAACGCACAGGAGAAAUUCCAUUUGUCAGAAGAAAGUAGUUACAUAUCUGCACAGUACGGCCUCCGUCCAAGAAGAGAAGAGAUGAAGUUAAAAGAGCUAGAUUCCAAGGAAGAAAAACCUGUUACAAAAGGACCUACAUCGUUGAGAACCUUUGAGAUGGCAGCCACACAGAAGAAGGACUUAGAGUUUGGAGGAGUACCUGGUGCGUGCCUCAUCAUGCUGGGCCUGCCUGCCUUCCUCUUCCUGCUGCUGUUGAUGUGUAGACAGAGAGAGCCCAGUCUUCUGAAUUUCCCGCCUCCUCUGCCAGCUCUGUAUGGUUUAUGGGAAACCAGAGCGUUUGGGGUCUACGUCCUCUGGUUUUUUGUUCAGGCUCUGUUCUACUUACUGCCAAUCGGGAAGGUUGUAGAAGGAACACCUCUUACUGAUGGAAGAAGACUGAAGUAUAGAUUAAAUGGAUUCUAUGCUUUUAUCCUGACAUCGGCAGUCGUCGGAGCGGCUCUCUUCUGGGGCGUGGAGCUGUAUUAUGUGUACAGGCACUUCCUUCAGUUGGCGCUGGCAGCCAUCGUCUUUUCUGUGGUCCUGAGUGUUUAUCUCUACGUGCGGGCUUUGCGGGCUCCGCAGGACGAACUGUCGCCAGCCAGCUCUGGAAAUGCCAUCUAUGAUUUCUUCAUUGGCCAUGAAUUGAAUCCUCGGAUUGGCACUUUUGAUCUGAAAUACUUUUGUGAGUUGCGCCCCGGAUUGAUCGGAUGGGUGGUUAUUAACUUGGCGAUGCUUUUGGCUGAGAUGAAGUUACAGAAUCGUGCUACGCCAUCCUUGGCAAUGAUUUUGGUUAACAGUUUCCAGCUCUUAUACGUGGUGGAUGCACUCUGGAACGAGGAGGCGGUGCUGACGACCAUGGACAUCAUCCAUGACGGGUUCGGGUUCAUGCUGGCUUUUGGAGACUUAGUCUGGGUCCCAUUCAUCUACAGCUUCCAAGCUUUUUACUUAGUCCAUCAUCCGAAUGAAGUGUCCUGGCCGGUGGCCUCUCUCAUCAUUGCUUUGAAGCUUUGCGGAUAUAUAAUCUUCCGAUGUUCAAAUAUUCAGAAAAAUGCAUUCCGGAAAAAUCCCGCUGAUCCGAAGCUUGCACAUUUAAAAACCAUUCACACGUCAGCGGGAAAAAGCCUUCUCGUUUCUGGAUGGUGGGGCUUUGUUCGCCACCCCAAUUACUUAGGUGACCUCAUCAUGGCCCUGGCGUGGUCUCUCCCAUGUGGCUUCAACCACAUCCUGCCCUAUUUCUACGUGAUCUACUUCGCGGUGCUGCUGGUCCACCGGGAAGCCCGCGACGAGCGCCAGUGCCGGCGGAAGUACGGCCUGGCCUGGGACAAGUACUGCCGGCGCGUGCCCUACCGCCUGCUGCCCUACGUGUACUGACCGUGUACUGACCGUGGGCGCCGGCCCCGCCGCCGCCGCCCGGCCGAACCCGGACCGACGCCCCAGCCAGCCCCGCCUCGUCGCACUGACAGGAGCUCCGAAGUCUCGCUUUCCCUCCGAGUCAGGACUUCAGAGCCGAGUCGUCUUGUUGUAAUGGAGCCACGUUUAUUUUUAUUAAAUCAUAGCAACCUAAGAGAAACUGUAAAGGUGUUAGACUUUGCAUUCCAAUAGGAAAUUUUCAGUCCUUAAAAAUCUGUAAGCAGUAAACGGGCUUAUAAAUGCACUGAGAAUACUAUUGAUGUUUAUGGGUUUUGAUUAUUUUUCAGAUUUUGAUCUUUUUUGUUUUAUAAGUUGAUUCUCUUGAAAUGAAAACACUGUCACAUUUAGAGUACAUUUAUGUUUUAUUGCAUUGAGAACAGAAUUUCAUUUCCCUUUAAAUUAAAUCAUUUACUAGUUAUGUGAUUUGAAAAUAAAAACCAGGCUUAUUGAUUUUUAUUGAAUGCCGUAUGUCAAGAGGAUGAUAGCUUAUCAGUAAGCACUGUUUGAAGGAGAUGGUUAGUAAUAGAUUGCUUAACCUCCGCUUCUAAAACUGCAUUUGAAAUGUAAAUACAUAACUUUUAUGUAAUAUAUGGUGACUUCAGAUUUUUUUGUACAGUAUUUUGAAUGUGAAAUAAUCGCCAGGACUAAGUAUCUUUUUAACAAAAACAUUUGCAGUAUUUUAAAUGAAGUUUUGUAAAGUAAUACAUGUGAAUUAAAAUUUUUGAAACAAUUAGAAUUCACUUAAUAUUGUGUAAAAGAUGCUAUUAAGAUAUAAGAAGGGUAUUUUUCUUAAUCCAAAGUUUGUGAAUUUGGCUUCUCUACCUCAAUUGCAGGUGUUUGUUUGCCUUUUUAAACUGCUGCAGAUAGAAAGAGUAGAAUAAAUAUAUAUUUUUGGAGUAACAUCACUAUUUAAACAUUUUUACAAAGAUUGGUGGCUGAAAAUUUGCCAUUUCAGGCUAAUAUUUUUGUAUGUUUUUGACCUUUUUAAUUAAGCUGUGUUUUUGCUACUGUUUAGCUCAUGCAGUUUAUACUGUAUUUUUUUAUAUCCUUUAUAUGUACAAAACUAGCAACCUAAGAGAGUUCAGGAGUGUUGUGUUCAUUUUUAGAAGUCUCUUCAUCUAAAAACAAUUUAAGGAAAUAGUUUAAAAUCAUUUCGCGCUUUUAGUUUAAUAGAUGUGCAUAAGGUAGCUUUAGUUAUUAAGCUGAUAUAGUCUCAUCUUUAAUCUAUAAUGGAACAUCAAAUUCACUAAACUACUAUAUUCAAAUUUAAAUUCUUCUCAGUAUCUUAAAUAUAGGGGAAUCUAAUAAAUACGUAUAUAUGUUGGGUUUUUAAUUAUACAUUUUAAAUACGAGCCGUUUAGAUGUGCCGUGUGCACUCUGCACUGCAGCUUGAGUCCGUGGCAGCGUGUGAUCGAGUCCGUGGCAGCGUGUGAUCGAGUCCGUGGCAGCGUGACCGCGGGAGUCGCUCGGCGUUCUGCAUCCCGUGGUCCUCCACGCUGACUUGGUGGGAUUGUCAGCGUUGUGUUAGUGCCGUGCGUGCGAGCAGUUUCUCAUUAUGCUUUUCAUUUGGCACCAGAAAGUAGCAUCCCGGUCUAGAUUCACCACAGAAGUGUUGCGGGAGGAAGAAGGACUUUUAAUUUAUCCCUGGCAAUGAAAAAGGAGCUCGUCACCAGCACAGGGCUGCCGUUUCUGGAUUCCAGCUACAAUUUGCUUCUCAUUGUGUUGUCGACAUGUUUAUUUGAUAAGUUUUAUAAUGAAGUUUUAAGUUAGAAAUAAAGUCGAAAAUAAAAAGAUGUUCUUUUGAUCA